AUGCCAGUCUCCAGCACCAAGGACCGAGUUACCGGCGCGGAGCCAACGGCCGAUGUGGCCCGUAUCCUCGACAAUGCGCAAGUUCCCCAUGUUCUCUGGGGUCGGUUGGCAUUUGGCUUGGAAAUUGAAUUCGUGAUUCCCGAUGACCAUCUCGAGUCUGCCACCAACACGCUCUCCACGGCUGGAUUCCCGCGCUGCACCAAUCCCAACCGUAUCAAUCUGGGGUAUGGUCGAGCGCGUCCGGUUCCGGACAUACAUUUCCACAUUGAAUUGAGAUACCCGGACUGCACAGUUCUCUCCCUCCUAGCCAAGCCGGUCACGCUCUGGUGA